GUGAUGAUGCUUAAGGAGUAGGAAGUAGUGAUAGAGUGAACAUUUGAAGAUUUUUACAAUAAUUUCGCCGCUAUGUCAAACCAGCCUAAAAAACCAAGACCUCAGAAUAGCCCGUCUCUCAUUCUGGCACCCAACGAGAACGAAAUCCUGUUUAACUUAAUUGGAAAUCGCUGUGUGACUGUUGCGACCGCAGUGGUACAGGUGUUUCUGGCCAGCAAUCCCCCCGCCCUCAACAGAUGGAGCAAACGCUGCACUGGGGUAGCCAUGUUCAUCAAGGACAACGAGAAACGCUCCUAUUUCAUCAGGGUGUAUGGACUGACCCAGGGACUGUUGUGGGAACAGGAGCUGUACAAUGGGUUCAAGUACAAGACUCCCCGGCCUUACUUCCAUACCUUUGAUACUGAUGACUGCCCUGCUGGACUGAACUUUGCCAAUGAGAAUGAGGCCGAGCGUUUCCAGAAGGCCGUGGAGGUAAAGCUGCAGGAGAAGGCCAGGAGGAGGACUGAGCGUAGGAAGACAGUUCAGCCCCCACGUAACCAGGGCACCCCAGCUGUCCCUCCUCCAAGCACCACACCCUCCCUGUCUGUGAGCACCACCAGCCUGGAUGACACCAAGACACUGAAGAAGAAGAAAGACAAGGACAAAAAAGGAGGGAAAAAGGCAAAGUUUACCAAGGAAGAUAUUGGUUUGCCAUCUGAUUUCAGGCAUGUCAGCCAUAUUGGAUGGGAUCCUAACAGUGGAUUUGACACAGAGAAGCUGGAUCCGGACAUGAAAGAAUUAUUCAGUUCAAUUGGCGUCCAAGAUACUGACCUCAAGGACAAAGACACAGCCAAGUUCAUCUACGACUUUGUUGAGCAACAUGGCGGCUUUGAUGCCUUAAAGCAGGAGAUGAAAGGGGGGGCUGGUCCACCACCACCGCCACCUUCCAGAGCUGGGAUGCCACCCCCUCCCCCUCCCUCCAGAAACAUGGGAGCACCCCCACCCCCUCCCUCCAGGGCAGGCAUGCCACCCCCGCCCCCACCCUCAAGGGAUGGCAGACCCCCGCCUCCCCCAGGUGGGCGAAUGGGAGCCCCACCUCCUCCACCCCCAUCACGAGGAGGCAUGCCCCCUCCUCCACCCCCAUCAAUGGGGGUCCCACCCCCACCACCCCCGCCUGCCAUGGGUGGUCCUCCCCCUCCUCCUCCACCCCCUCCUCCAGGUGGGGGUCCACCACCACCACCACCCCCUCCCCCUGGUGCCCCACCACCCCCCAUGGGUCCCCCAGGUGGAGGGGGUAGAGGGGGACUGCUGAGCCAGAUACAGACAGGUACCACUCUGAAGCACGUGGACCCCAAUGCCCCCAAACCAGCAGGACCUGUAGACUCCAGGGGAAACCUGCUGGACUCCAUACGAGGCUUCCAGAAGGGAGGGCUGAAAUCUGUUGAGGAUAAUCCCAAUGAGCGUCCCAAAUCAGCCACCCCAGAGGAUGGAGGGGGAAUAGCGGCUGCCUUGGCCAAAGCUCUGGCCAGUAGGAAGAAUAUUAUACAGGGAUCAGAUGAUGAGGAAGAUGAGGAAGAAGAUGAAGAAGAUGAUGAUGAAGACUGGGAUGAUGACUAAGUUACUUUAAAGAGACAUGUUACUCAAUGAGAGAUGUUUUUGAUCCAGACUCAGUUUGGGAGGAAUUGUGAUGAAGGAUCAAGAUUCUUAUGAUAAAAUGGACAUUUCAUCUUGUUUAUUUAUUGAUUGAUUUUUGAACUUUGUGUAAUAUUAACUUAUCUUAUGAAACUAUAAAGAAUUAUAACGAUACAUAGUGCUCAUCAAUUAUUUUUCAAUCUGGGGUAAGGUCAUGAAGUAAAAUUUGCCUUGUUAAUUUUCAUCAAUUUGUUUCUUCAUCUUUCAGUUGUGAUAAACUGAAUAUGAUAUGAAAAGCACUAUUCAUGUUUAUGUGAAUGAGUAUGCUUCUACAGGCUUUGCUUAUAACUAGUGACUUAUAUUGAGAUGAAGGUCAUUUGUAAAUGGUCCCAAGUAAAUGACCUUGACCUAGAUAUAUGCCAUGGUUACUGUUAUUACCCAGAGAGUGGUUGUGAAACUUCUUAUACAGGAAAUGUUGAUGCUUAACAGUAGAAUGCAUUAAAAAAAGUAUGAUAAAAAAGGCCAGGCUGAAAAGCAAGAAUAAAACAUCUUUUCUCUAAAUCAGUCAAGUGAUUGAAGUAGAGUAAUGUGUUGAUCAUGAUUGAGCAUCCCUAACGAAAAAGUCCUAUAGGAUCCUAUAAGAUCCUAUAGGAUCCUAUAGGAAA